AUGGUUACCGUGGUAGACCCCGAUGCUCUAGGGGCAUUCUUUAUGCUCGUCCCACCACCUACUUAUGACUGGAAUGAUCCCCUGAACGAACCUUCGUUCAUCGGAAUUUUGACCAAGAUAACUUUCCUCGAGCUAUGCAACUUGAUCCAGAAGUACACCGCACCCGGCAGAGCAGUCAGGACUAUCUGGGGGGCAAUUGAGGAUGUCCCCCCGGCAGCUGUUCCUCCCGUUCGGCCGGUGGAGGUACAAAUUACCGAUUCAGAGGAGCUCGAAGGUUGGUUGAAGAACAGCAAUGCCAGGCCUCGGAGGAUAUUGGCGGUCCUCCACAGAGCAGGCGCGGGUGCUAACCUGGGUGGUGCGGAAUCCCCCCCGUUGAACCCGGCUUUCCCUCACGUUGAGGAAGAUGAUUAUAGCAUGAUCGAUAUUCCUGCAGAGGAUUCGGAUUACCAGGAGGGAAAGCACCGGAUAAAUGCAAAAGAACUGAGGGUAUAUAUGCCUAGAACUGAUGCCAGUAAUCAAAGGCUAAUUCAGACUCUUGUUAGGCGUCGCGAUAGACAGCAGGAUGCUAUCGACGAUUUAGACCCCAAAUACAUUAGGAAGUAUCCUUUGGGUGUCAGGGUUGCUGACCCAAACUUCUUACAGUGGACAAUAUGGAAACCUGCCGGGAUAGCAGCCAAGAGAGCUGCUGACGCACUCGCGGCUGCUGGUGCUGGUCCUGGAGGUGGAGGUGGUGGAGGUGGUGGAGGUGGUGGUGGUGGUGGUGGUAGUGGUGGUGGUAGUGGUGGUGGUCUAGGACCUCCACCGCCUCCAGGCGGACCUCCUCCUCCUCCGGGCGGCGGUGGUGGUGGGGGACCAGCUGGAGGCGGUGGUGGUGGUGGUGGUGGGCCAGCUGGAGGCGGUGGUGAUGGUGGUGGUGGGCCAGCUGGAGGCGGUGGUGAUGGUGGUGGUGGGCCAGCUGGAGGCGGUGGUGAUGGUUGUGGUGGUGAUGGUGGUGAUGGUGGUGGGCAUCAUUAG